AUGGAUUUGGUGUUAGAGUUUUUUGACUCUUUUGGUCUGGACUACGUCUAUUCCAGGACUCUGCCCGCGUCGCUGGCGUCGCACAUCCCCUCCCAAUGGCAACAAGCGUUGUCGCUGAGCCAGGGAAACCUCAGCAGUGUGGCUGCUGCGCCAGUGUCGGGCGACAUAUACGGAUACGCUCCAUAUCUGUUCAAAAUGAGUGAGUACACCGGAGCUUCGCUUUUGCCACGUUACAACGUGUUCCGUCAGGCCCUGUCGCUGCUGGCGAUCACUACGGUGUUCGGAUGGCUGCUGUAUCUGGCUGUGGCCUCGUUCUCGUACAUUUUCAUCUUCGACAAGGCGAUUUUCAACCACCCACGUUACUUGAAAAACCAGAUGUCUCUCGAGAUCAAGCAGGCUAUGACCUCAAUCCCAGGGAUGGUGGCGCUCACAGUGCCAUGGUUUUUGCUUGAGCUCCAGGGCAUGUCCAAAUUGUACAUGAAGGUUGACACCGAAAACCACGGCAUUCGCCAGCUGCUUCUCGAGUACGUUUACUUUUUGAUGUUCACCGACUGCGGCAUCUACUUGCUCCACAGAUGGCUGCACUGGCCCCGUGUUUACAAGGCGCUGCACAAGCCUCACCACAAAUGGCUGGUCACAACUCCAUACGCUUCCCACGCUUUCCACCCUGUCGAUGGCUACUUUCAGUCGCUGCCUUACCACAUCUACCCCAUGAUUUUCCCUCUCAACAAAGUCUCGUACUUGAUUCUAUUCACAUUUGUCAACUUCUGGACCGUGAUGAUCCACGACGGUGAGUACCUGGCUAACGACCCAGUCGUCAACGGUGCAGCCUGCCACACCGUCCACCACUUGUACUUCAACUACAACUACGGUCAGUUCACCACUCUGUGGGACAGACUAGGAGGCACUUACCGUGAGCCUGACAGAGAAUUGUUCAACAAGUCAUUGAAACAAAGCUCCAAGACUUGGGAAGAGCAGGUCAAGAAGAUGGAAGUGAUCAAGCAGAAAGUCGAAGGUGACAAAGACGACAGAGUGUACGGAACCGAAGAGCGUUUGAAGAAGAACGCCUAA